UGCCGCCCAGCUAACGGUGGGUCGACUCGGCAGUCCGGCGGCAGUGACGAAAGCGGCCGCACCGCGGCCGACAUGGCGCUCCACACGGCCCUAGUGGCCGCCCUCUGCUGCAUCACCGCCGCCGCGCCGCCAGCGGCGCCCUACACGGACAGUCUGACAGCGGUGGCGUCCGAGGCGACGGUGCUGCCGUGCGGCGGCGACCAGCGCGACCAGGAGCCGCCUGCGGCCGUCGCCUGGCACCGGCGGCCCGUCGGCGGCAGCGCCCAGCCGGCCGCCGGCGCCGGCUACACCGUGCGCCCGGACGGCAGUCUGCUCCUGCAGAGCGUGCGGCCCGACGACGAGGGUCGCUUCACGUGCACCGACGCCGCCACCGACCGGCUUAUCGCCGUCUACGACCUCAAGGUGCGCCGGCCGAGCGUGGUGCGGAUCGAGUCGAACGCCGCCGGCGGCGCGCUGGCUGAGGGCGCCACGUUCCGCCUGUCGUGCCGCGUGCUGACCGACAACGCGGCGCACGCCGCCACGCUGCUGGUGUGGCACGACGACGCGCUGCUGGACCCGGACCACCCGCGGCUCACACUCAACGCCCAGCGGCCGCGCAACGCCUGGCACCUGAGCGUGGCGAAUGUGACGCGCGCCGACGCCGGCAGGUACAUCUGCCGCGCCAAGACGUACUACGACCGGGCUGAGGCGACCGCGCAGCUGAUGGUGGCGCCGCGCGUGGCCGCCAACUGCAGCAGCAGUUCGGCAGAGCUACGCUGGAGCGCUGACGCACCCGCGCCCGACGGUUUCGUGGUGCGCAUGAUGGUGGGCGGCACCGUGGCCGACGAGGCGCUCGUGCCGGGCGACAUGACCUCGGUCGAGGUGUCCGCCCUGGAGCCGGGCUCGCACGUGCAGUUCGAGGUGGAGGCGGCCGAGUCGGGCGCCGUUCCCGGCCACGCCAGCUGUGCUGUGCCGACGCUCAACGCCACGGCACCGCCCAACGCGUAGGGCACAGGGCGCCGGCGGGACGGCGCGGGUCCAACCGCUGCCAGCGCUGCUGUUGUUACGCAUCGUCAGUGAACAUCUCUCGUUUUGUUACUGCAUACGUUGUUAUGUCUCCGAAGAGACACUCAUUCUGUUGAAUGUGUCCAUGGCGUAGCCCGGAUACCACCACGCAGACGUGUGCGCGACUGCGGAAGGAAUUGGGAUCGACUCCGGAAUCGCCAGCAUUUCCGUUGAGUCAGGGUGGGCUUGAUUCUUUUGACUUAUGUGAGCCAGAGUCGUCAGUCGGAGUUAUAUCAAUAAAGUCGACGGUGAGUGGAUUCAAAA